CUUGCUGGGCAGCUGCCUGGCAAUGCCAUAGCUGCCUUCUCUGUGCUUGAAAGGGGCUCCCCUUUCCUCCUACAGGAAGAAAAGAGGCUGCGGCAAGAGCUGGAGAUGGAGAGAUGGGCAGAGAGGCAGAUCCCACCACUGCCCCUGGACACAUGGAGAAAAAUGGAAACACACACAGGCGCAUGCUCACCACAGGUGCACACCCACUUCGCCGGGGGAAGGAUUUUGAUCCCUUUUUCAGAAUGGAUUAUUUCCCUAUGAUUUUCGCUCUGCUGUUCGUGGCUUUCCACGGAGCUACAGAAACAGUGGUCUUGGGCGCCGAGCUCAGCACAGGAGCGGAGGGCGGAGGGGAGAGGCCCUCUCCCAGCACUCCCUGGAGGCCCCGCCGGUCCAAGCGCUGCUCCUGCUCUUCCUUGAUGGAUAAAGAGUGUGUCUACUUCUGCCACCUGGACAUCAUCUGGGUCAACACUCCAGAGCACAUUGUUCCAUAUGGACUUGGAAGCCCUUCUAGGUCCAAGCGAUCCUUAAAGGAUUUAUUUCCCACAAAGGCGACACUCCACAGGAACAGAUGCCAGUGUGCAAGCCAAAAAGACAAGAAAUGCUGGAAUUUUUGCCAAGCAGGAAAAGAACUCAGGGACCAAGACACUACGGAGAAAGGCUGGAAUAACCAAAAGAAAGGCAGAGACUGUUCCCAGCCUGGUGAGAAGUGUAUUCAGCAGCAGCUAGUGGCAGGAAGGAAAAUAAGAAGGUUGGAGGCCAUCAGCAACAGCAUCAAAACAUCCUUUCACAUUGCCAAGCUGAAAGCCGAGCUCUACAGAGAGAAGAAAGUGACCCACAACCGAACACACUGAUGGCAGGCUGUGGGGGCCUGUCUGAAGCCAUCUCGUCCACAGCGAGCCCCCGGCCUGACUGCGCUCUCUCCGCAUGGCUGGGACCAGAGCAAAAGCACCCUCCCUGCUUAGACCGGUUCUUGCUCCAGACUGUCACAGGACCAGUGCCCUCGGUCUAAACAUUCCAAGAAAGGUUAAGGAGUCCCCCGUUCCAUCUUCAUUUGCCUCUAUCAGUGGUAACUGCUUUCUCUCCUGCUCUGGGGUGACAGUGGGCCGCUCCAAGAAGGCAGAGAGACACAGUGACCUGCAGAUUAGGCUGGCCUCCUCCAGCAGGAGGAGAGGAGAUUCCACGUGCGGGCGGAGUUCCGGAAGAGGGUCCGAAGGGAGUGUUUGUGUCUCACUCAGGCGCCUGGCACAUUUCAGGGAGAAACUCCAAAGUCCACACAAAGAUUGUCUAAGGAGUGCACAGACUGAACACACUCGAAGGACAAACUCUCGAGUGAAAAAAAAAAAAGACUUUUUUUUUAAAUUCAUAAAAUGCAAACCGAAAGAAACUGUUACUACUGUAAAUCAGGAUGCGUUGCAUAAAUAUGAGUCUACCUCACCUAUAUUGCACUCUGGCUGAAGUAUUUCCCCACCUUUAAUUAUUGUCUCCCCAAACUCUUCCUUCUCCCACUGCUCCCUCCUCUAAAAUCUUCAUACUAAAUCCUAGCCUCGUGGAAGUCUGUCUAAUGUGUCAAUAGUAGAUAUAAUAUUUUCAUGGUAAUCUACUAGUUCUGUUUUCAUGAGAAAAAAAAAUCAUUGAAUCAGGAGAUUCCCUUACUUUGAUUUUUGGAAACACUGUGGUAUAGGGUUGGUUAUGGAAGACAUUGAAGGGUGGAACAUUGGUUAUGCUUUAAAGCAGUAAAAUUAUUUUCCUUUAUGCAACUGGCUAAUGGAAGAGGUGGAUUAAAUUUUGAUGUACUUAUUUUUUUAUAGAUAUUUAUAUUCAAACAAUUUAUUCCUUAUAUUUACCAUGUGAAAUAUAUGUUUGGGCAGGCCAUAUUGGUCUAUGUAUUUUUUUAGAAAUGUAUUUCUGAAUGAAAUUGAGAAAAUGCUUUGUUUUGCCUGUCAAGGUAAUGACUUUAGAAAAUAAAUAUUUUUUCCCUACUGUA